AUUUCUUCUUCACCGUCAUCAUUUCAUUCAUCGCCAUUCUUUACAAUUGGAAUUCCACCAUUUCCGUCUUUUUAGAUUUCUGAAACUGAAGAAAAUAAACAAUCGGAUUCUUCAAAAGACGAUUCUCAAAAGCGAAGAAGACUCACCUGUUUUUCGGCAGACUCAGGGAAACAGGUCUUAAGACUUGAGAGCAUUUUAAUUUUUAAAAAAUGGAAGAAGAGACAGUAGUGAGCAGUGAAAUCCCUGUUAAGAAGGUUGUUGUUGAGGACUCUGAAAGCAUUGACAAGCCUGUUAAGGUUAAGGAAACAAAUGGAGACCUGCCACCUGUGGAAAAAGAAGCGAAGAAAGAUGAUGAAGAAACCACAUUGGGUGGAGAUUUCAUAAAAGUUGACAAGGAAUUACUAGAUAUCAAAGAUGCUUCUGAUCAUGCUAAACCAGAAGCUAAGGAGGAUGAAAAGCCCAUCAUUGAAAGAUGCUUAGCCUUUGGCAAUUCGAGCAGGGAGUUACUUGAAGCCCUAGAGAAGACAAAGGAACUUGAGUUUGAACUAGAAAGGGUAGCUGGAGCAUUAAAGCAUUCUGAAUCUGAAAACGAUAAGCUCAAGGAUGAACUUUGGCUUUCAAAGGAGAAGCUAGAGGAAAAUGCAAACAAGUAUGAGGAGCUUGAAGCCAGUCACAAGAAAUUGCAAGAGCAGACGAUUGAAGCUGAGGAGAAAUAUGCUGCACAGCUCAACAAUUUGCAAGAGGCAUUGCAAGCUCAAGAAGUAAAACAGAAGGAGCUAAUUCAAGUAAAGGAAGCUUUUGAUGGUCUCAACCUCGAGUUUGAAACCUCAAGAAAGAGGAUGCAAGAGUUGGAACAUGAGCUACAAUGUUCUAUUGGAGAGGCAAGGAAAUUUGAGGAACUUCACAAACAAAGUGGAUCACAUGCUGAGUCUGAGACACAGAGGGCUUUGGAGUUUGAAAGGUUGCUUGAAUCUGCAAAACUUGGUGCAAAAGAAAUGGAAGAUCAAAUGGCCUCCUUGCAAGAAGAACUCAAAGGCUUGUAUGACAAGAUUGCUGAAAAUGAGAAGAUUGAAGAAACACUUAAGCACACUAAUGCGGAACUUUGUUCUGUCCAGGAAGAAUUGACACAAUCCAAAUCACUGGUGUUGGACCUGCAACAAAGACUCAGUUCAAAAGAAGAUCUUAUAAGUGAACUGACUCAGGAACUGGAUAUGCAAAGUGCUUCAGAAUCCAAGGUGAAGGAAGAUUUCUCAGCUCUUGAGAAUCUUUUUGCUGAGACCAAACAAGAUCUUGAAGCAAAGCUUUCUGAGUUGGAAGAUAUCAAGUUGAAGUUGCAAGGGGAAGUCAAAGCUAGGGAAUUAGCUGAAGCUGUGUCAAGAGUGCAGGAAGAGCAGUUCUCAACUCUUCAGGAAGAUUUCAGUAGAGUAUCCAAAGAAAAAGAAGCUCUUGAAACAGCUGUGGCUGAUCUUACUAGUAAGGCAGGACACAUGACAAAGUUAUGUAGGGAUCUUGAAGGAAAACUAGAGCUUUCAGAUGAGAAUUUUGGCAGAACUGAUUCAUUAUUGUCACAGGCUUUGUCUAACAAUGAAGAGCUCAAAAAGAAACUAAAGUCUCUUGAAGAACUACAUGAUGAAUCUGGAGCUGCAGCAGCAACUGCUACUCAGAAGAAUCUUGAGCUUGAAGAUUUAGUCCAAGCUUCAAAUAAUGCAGCAGAAGAAGCAAAAUCACAACUGAGAGUGCUUGAGGCACGCUUCAUAGCAUCUGAGCAGAGGAAUGUAGAGCUUGAACAACAAUUAAAUCUUGUGGAACUAAAAAGAGGUGAAGCUGAGAGAGAACUAAAGGAAUUCUCUGACAAAAUAUCUGACCUUUCUGCUAAAUCAGCAGAGGUUGAGGAAGAGAAAAAAUUUCUUAAUGACCAAAUGAAAGAAUACCAGGUAAAGGUAGGUGAGCUAGAAUCUGCUCUAAACCAGUCAUCCUUGCAGAAUUCAGAGCUUGAGAAGAAGUUGAAGAUUGCUGUGGAGAAAGGUGCUGAACACGAGGACCGAGCUGGUAUGAACCAUCAGCGCAGCAUUGAGCUAGAGGAUCUGUUCCAGGCAUCUCAUUCCAAAUUAGAGAAUGCUGAAAAAAAGGUGAGUGAAUUAGAGUUGUUGCUUGAAGCUGAGAAAUACAGAAUUCAAGAACUUGAAGAACAGAUAGCCACAUUAGAAAAGAAAUGUGGUGAUGCAGAAGCUGAGUCUGCAAAAUACAAUGAGAAGGUAGCUGAACUAACUUCUGAAGUUGAAUCAUUCCAAAGUAGAGCAUCAUGCCUUGAAAUUGCACUGCAAACAGCCAAUGAGAAGGAGAGGGAGCUGACAGAUUUCUUGAAUGUAGCAACAGAUGAGAAGAAGAAGUUGGAAGAAGCAUCACACAGCUCCAAUAAGAAGCUUAAUGAAGCAGAAAAUGUAUUAGAAGUCUUAAGGAAUGAAUUAAAUCUGACACAGGAGAAGUUGAAGAACAUUGAAAAUGAUCUUCAGGACGCAGGUUUGAGAGAGAGUGAGAUAAUCGAGAAGCUUAAAUCUGCUGAAGAGCAACUAGAGGAACAAGGAAAGGUAUUAGAGCAGGCAAGUGCGAAGAACUCAGAGCUUGAAACUUUACAUGAAUUUCUAUCAAGGAAUGCAGAGCUUAAACUCCAAGAAGUGAUGGCGAACUUCACUGACAGGGACUCAGAGGCUAAAUCUCUGUCUGAAAAAAUUAAAGUUCUUGAAGAUCAAGUGAAGGCAUAUGAAGAGCAGGUUGCUGAAGCAGCUGGAAAAUCCAUUUCCUUGAAAGAAGAAUUGGAUCAGAGUUUCAUGAAACUGGCUUCUCUUGAAACCAGAAAUGAACAACUUGAAAAAGAAAUUCUGGAAGCAGAAAAUAAAGUGUCCCAGUCUUUUUCAGAGAAUGAACUUUUAGUUGAGACAAAUAUUCAACUGAAAAGCAGGGUUGCUGAACUCGAAGAACUUCUAAAUUCUGCAGUUUCAGAUAAGGAAGCAGCUGCUAAACAAGUUGAAUCUCACAUGAAGACAAUUGAAGAAUUAACAGAGAAGCACUUAACAGCCUCAGAACUUCAAGCUGCGGCUGUAGCCCAAAUCAUAGAAGCAGAAGCACAGAUGCAUGCAGCAAUUCAAAAAUUUACUGUGAGAGAUUCAGAAGCCAAUGGCUUGAAUGAAAAGCUAAAUGCCCUUGAAGAACAAAUAAAAAAGUAUGAAGACCAAGUUCAUGAAGCAUCAACUAUAGCUGACACUCGGCAAAUUGAGCUUGAAGAGAGUUUUCUGAAAUUAAAGAAUCUGGAAAGCCUUGUUGAGGAACUGCAAUCCAGAUCAGGGCAAUUUGAGAAGGAGAGCAGUGAGUUAGCUGGGACAAAUUUGAAGCUGACUCAGGAACUGGCAACAUUUGAGUCCAAACUGAGGGACCUAGAGGGAAAAUUGUCUGCAGCCAUAACUGAGAGGGAUGAAACUUUUGAACAACUUCAGAGUUCAAACAAGACUUUAGAAGAUUUAACACAACAAAUUACUUCUGAAGGGCAGCGGUUAGAAGCUCAGAUAGCUUCACUUCUGGAGGAGAAUAACCUGCUUAAUGAAUCAUAUCAAAAAACAAAGAAUGAACUUCAGUGUGUGAUACUAGAGAUUGAAGAGAAAUUGAAAGAAGAAAAGGGAAAUAAUGAUGCUCUAAAAUUGGAGAUCCAAACUCUCAAGGCGGAGAUUGCUGCCAAGUCCAUGUUGCAAACUCGUGUGAAAGAACUUGAGGAACAAUUGUUGACAGUUGAAAAUCAACUGAAAGAAGAGGUUGAAAGUGCCAAGGCUACUGCGUGUACAAGGGAGGCAGAAUUAACUUCAAAAUUGGAGGAACAUAUACAUAAAGCUCAUGAUAGAGAUAUUUUAAAUGAACAAGUACUUCAACUUCAGAAAGAAUUACAAAUUUCUAAGACAACUGUUGCUGAACAGAAAGAAGCAGAAUCUCGACAAGAGUUGGACUUUGAAGUGGCUUUGAAGCAUUCAGUUGAAGAGCUUGAAGCUAAGAAUAAAGAAAUUUUACUUCUUGAGCAACAGGUCAAAGAGCUGGAGCAGAGAUUGCAAUUAGCAGAAUCUAAAGCAAAGAGUGAUGGAGGAAGUCUGGCAGAACUGAAGGAUGGAGUUGAGGUAAAGUCCCGAGAUUUUGGAUCAGGUGUUUCAUCUCCUCCAAAAAGAAAGAGUAAGAAAAAGUUAGAAGCAGCUUCCGCUUCUGCCCAAGCCUCAUCAUCCUCAUUAGAGACUCACUCUGUGGCUUCUUCCUUGACAAGCUUAAAGUUCAUUUUGGGAGUGGCAUUGGUGUCUGUGAUUUUUGGCAUAAUUCUGGGGAAGCGAUAUUAGCUUUGGUGUUCAGCCUCCUCAGUGACUUUUGUUGUUCUUCUGUUUUCCCUUAUCCUUUGGCAUAAUUCUGGGGAAGCGAUAUUAGCUUUGGUGUUUAGCCUCCUCAGUGACUUUUAUUAUUCUUCUGCUUUCCAUAUCCUUCUACAUAUAAAUUAUGCACGGCAGAGGAAAGCUUUGUUUGUUAUGUUUUCUUUCUGACUUGUGCCUGAUUGGGGAAUUGGUUUUGAUUGAUAUCCUUCGCCUGUUCGCAGUAAGUACGGUUGAUUUUUUAUGUUUUAGAUUGUCAAGUUUGUAUUGAGUCGAUUGGAUUAAUAAGUUUUUCUAGUUUCAUCUCCCUGCAAUAUAUAUAUACAAGCAUG